AUGAACGUCGACACCAUCUCCGAUUUCCUUGCCGAACAGCGCGACCAGGCGCCCGAAGAACUUCAGCCCCUCGUCCUCGAAUUCGAGACACUAUGGGAGCGCAAGCUGUGGCAUCAGCUCACCAACCUGCUCCUUGAGUUCUUCAACCACCCCGGCAGUGCCCCGCAGAGGCUACAGUUCUACAAGGUCUUCAUUCUCAAGUUCGCCGACAAGAUCAACCAGCUCAAGCUCGUCGAUCUUGCUCUCAAGGCCGCCACACAAUGUAGAGACAACCAGGAGCGCCUCUCCUUUUUGGAAGCCGUCGUCAAGAAAGUCGACCACGAAGACUCCCAAGAUGCAUAUGUAUUCGCCACGAUCGCUGUUGCCCGCGUGAAGCUCGACCUCUCGGAUCUCGACGGCGCACGCAAGGACCUGGACACGGCCGAGCGAAUCCUCGACAACUUCGACUCGGUUGAGUCGGUCGUUCACGCCGCCUUCUACGACACCAACGCCAACUACUUCCAAGCCAAGUCCGACUCGGGCUCCUACUAUAAGAACGCGCUCCUCUACCUCGCCUGCAUCGACGUCAAGUCGCUCUCGGUCGAGGAGCAGCGCCAGCGCGCCUACAACCUGGCCAUCGCGGCCCUCGUCAGCUCGAGCAUCUACAACUUCGGCGAGCUCCUGCUGCACCCGAUCCUCGACGCCCUCACCAUCGACGACCGGCACAAGUGGCUGCACCGGCUCCUCUUCGCCUUCAACCGCGGCGACCUGGCCGCGUACGAUCUCCUGGCCAGCCACAUCAGCUCGGACCCGCUGCUGGCGCAGCACACGCGCCAGCUGCGCGAGAAGAUCUACUUGGCGGCGCUGACCGAGGCCGUCUUCCGCCGCCCGCCCCACGACCGCGCCAUGUCCUUCUCCACGAUCGCGAACGAGACAAAGGUACACCCCGACGAGAUCGAGCACCUGAUCAUGAAGGCGCUGAGCUUGGAUCUGCUGCGGGGAACGAUCGACCAGGUCGACGAGGUGGCCCACAUCAACUGGGUGCAGCCCAAGGUGCUGGACAUGAAGCAGAUCGAGAACAUGAGGCAACGGCUGCAAGAGUGGGAUUCCAGCGUUGACAAGCUAGGUAACUGGAUCGAGGGCGUGGGCCAGGAUGUCUGGGCUUAG